AUGGCGGGCUGGUGGCCGGCGUUGUCGCGCGCGGCCCGGCGCCACCCGUGGCCCACCAACGUGCUGCUUUACGGCUCGCUCGUCUCGGCCGGGGACGUGCUGCAGCAACGGCUGCAGGGCCGCGAGGCCAACUGGCGCCAGACGCGGCGCGUGGCCACGUUGGUGGUGACCUUCCACGCCAACUUCGACUACGUGUGGCUGGGCCUGUUGGAGCGCGCGCUCCCGGGCCGAGCGCCGCACGCCGUGCUGGCCAAGUUGCUGUGCGACCAGGUGGUCGGUGCGCCCAUCGCGGUCUCGGCCUUCUAUGUCGGUAUGAGCAUUCUCCAAGGAAAGGAUGACAUAUUUUUGGACCUGAAACAGAAAUUCUGGAAUACCUAUCUGCCAAAGGACAACAAUUUAUUCUGUAAAUUUGGGAUUCUAUUUGCAAAAUAGAGAUUAUAGAUUGUGAGUGGCUUAAUGGAAUCAUUCCCACAUUCAGAGCCAAUGUUUUCAGGUGAGCAUCCUGCGGAGUCCUGGUGAAAAGAACUUUAACAUCACAAAGGUACUGAUAGCGAAGGAGAAGGUUUCCAAGGGUUACUCCAAGGUUUGAAGCAAAUCAGCAUUUUUACUGUUUGCUUGGCACAAAUAUAUACAGUCCAGUCCAAUACAUAUUUAUUCAUUGAUUCA